AUGGCGGCGUUCAUGAUGCACUGGUCCCGGAGUGUUCGUUGCAGCCCGAGUUUCGGUGCGCGAUCGUGGGCUUUUGCCAAUUCAGCCUCAGCGCAGAGUGUGAGUGCCCAUGGGGUACACGUCCGAGUCGCUGAUGCCUGGUCAAUGUCUUCGGUUCCGAAGGCCACAUCUUCCCAGGUGGGGGUGCCAACUGUGAAGUCUCUACCCGAAGAAGUUAAGAUCGUUGAGGUUGGGCCCAGAGAUGGCCUGCAGAAUGAGAAGACUGUAGUCCCUACUGACAUGAAAAUCGAGCUCAUCAACAUGCUGUCAGAUGCUGGACUUCCUGUCAUUGAAGCCACAAGUUUUGUCUCCCCAAAAUGGGUCCCGCAGAUGGCAGACCAAGCAGAGGUGAUGCGAGGCAUCCAAAGACGGCCGGGAGUCCGCUACCCUGUGCUCACUCCUAACCUGAAGGGAUUCCAGGCAGCACUGAAUGCCGGUGCUGAGGAGGUGGCUGUUUUUGGAGCAGCAUCUGAGCUAUUCAGCAAGAAGAAUAUCAACUGCUCAGUGGAAGAGAGCCUGCAGCGCUUUGAAGAAGUCGUUACAGCAGCAAAAGCAGCCAACGUGACAGUGCGGGGAUAUGUAUCGUGUGUACUUGGAUGCCCAUAUGAAGGACAGGUGUCCCCAGAUAAAGUGGCUCAGGUAGCCAAGCGCCUGUACAGCAUGGGCUGCUAUGAGGUGUCUCUGGGUGACACCAUCGGGGUGGGAACUCCAGGCAGCAUGCGGGCAAUGCUGAGUGCCGUGAGCUCCCAGGUGCCGCUGGGUGCGCUGGCUGUGCACUGCCACGACACGUACGGCCAGGCGCUGGCUAACAUCCUCACUGCCCUGCAGAUGGGGGUGAGUGUAGUGGACUCCUCUGUGGCGGGACUGGGAGGAUGUCCGUAUGCCCAGGGGGCUUCUGGGAACGUGGCCACUGAAGAUGUGGUGUACAUGCUGCAUGGCCUGGGAAUCCACACUGGUGUUGACCUAACCAGGCUUAUGGAUGCUGGAGCCUUCAUCUGCCGCUCACUCAACCGCAGGACCAACUCGAAGGUGGCCCAGGCCUCCUGCAGACUCUAAGCCUCCCCAUCCAUGGGCACCACCACCUUCUGCCCUGAACUUAUUCUGUAUAGAAAGGGAAUAUAGGCGUCAACAUUUAAAGACAUCAGACUUAUAUGAUAACCAAUGAAGGCUUGCGUACAUAUGGAGAUAUUCAGGCAAAUACCAUGAUUUCUGCAGUGGUCGUCUCAAAUUUUCCAACACAAAUUUCCAGAUGUAAAUAUAUUUUGUAGGUCUGUCAUUUUAUUGGGAAAUAUUAGAUGUCAUGCAUUGAUAUUUAUGCUUGUGAGUGGAUUUACCGACAGAAAUCGUUCAAUGGUGAAUUUGGUGUCUCAGUAAUCGGUAACUAUAAGCCCAUAUCAAAACCUUCCUUUUUUAAGGAAGAUUGGCGAAAAGGUUGUUUUUCAGCAACUUAGUUCUUUCAUGGUGCAGAAAAAUAUCUGUAAUGCUUUUCACUCUGGAUUUCAAUAACACAGCACUAAGACUGCACUUGAUAAGGUUUUAAAUGACAUCUAUCUGAGCCGUGGUGACUCAAACAUCUCCGCUUUGGUAUCACUGGGUCUCAGUGCUGCAUUGAACAUGGUUGACUAUAAGAUAAGUGAGAAAAGUGGGUGGGACUUUUUGGCACAGUGUUAAACUGGUUUGAAUCAUAUUUACGAGACAGGGACUCCUGCGUGUCAAUAGGUAAUUAUGAAUCUGAGCAAACAAAAACCACAUGUGGAGUUCUGAAGGGUCCAUCCUUGGGCCUCUUCUACUCAACAUCUACAUGCCCCCCCUUGCUCAGAUUAUGGAAAACUAUAACACCUCUUAUAAAUACAGAUGACGCACAACUCUACAUUACAGUCACCACAUGACUAUAGUCCCUUAGAGUCACUAAAUACUGUAUGUGCAUUGAAGGAGUCAAUGAGUGAAUGUGCCAGGAUUUGCCACCAUACAGAAAAAUCUUUGUAUUUGACUCCAAACAGGGAAAUUAGUACUUAGUGCUCAGUUUGAAUCCAUGACAAUAAAACCUACAAAUCAAGCCAGAAA